GACAGUGCACACAGCGCUCAAUCACUAACACCCCUCUUCGCAGCGGGGCUUCCUUUGCGAGGCCGACUCUUAGCGACCCAUCCUCCUCUCUGCACCGAACAGCUCGACUGCCAUCCAGCGAGUAGAUCUAUACGCCGACGCUAAAGCUCUACCGCAGACGUUCCAUCCAUCCCAAGCAAUGCAAAGCGCCACGAAGAGACGCGCCGCGGCCGCUUUGCGGAGUACUCGCUCCAAUGCGGUCGUCCUCAAAGACAACAACGGCAACAUAAUCGAUCUCAACAAGAUCUCGGUAGUCGCAGGGAACGGGGAGAGUACUAUACGUUUGGGGGCAUUCGAUGGCGGUUCCAGUGCACCCGCUGGGCCGUCCCAGGAAAGCGCCACGACUAAUUUGAUCGCCCCGGGCUCGUUGCAUGGGCGCUCUGGGACGGCGGCGAUCAAAGACGGCGACGGAAACUUGACGGCGUCCCCCAAAGCUGCGGCUGAGGUAGCGGUCCCAAACCGAGGCAGCUUGGGCGGCACAGGAGAUCGCCGCAGCGAAUCCAGGAAGAGCGGUCCUGUACCUCAAGCAGCGUCCACCAAAGCCUUCUCCACACCUCCCUUAGGCGGCACUGGCAGCGAUCCCGAGACAGGCACCCAAAACGCCAGAGACAGAGCGGUCGAAGUAGCCCGCGGCGGACCCAGGGAGAGCGGACCUACAGCGUCAACUGCGGCAUCUUCCACACCCCCGACGGCGGCUCCUGCCCAUCCUCUCUCCUACAACGCACCGCCCAUCCCCCCGGCCCCUUCAAACCCCGUCUCUCCCUUCCCCCCUCCCAACCCUCGCCACAAGGCCCCUCCACACCACCACCCUCCCACCGCAUGCGCCCACCAAACCUGCCACUUCAUCAACAAGCCCGGCCAACUGCAGCACUGCUCCUUCGGUGUCUGCCCCCUCUGCCGCGACAUCAACACGCUGGUCCAACAAGUCGAAUCCAGCCUCUACACGCGGUGGGAGCGGGACGUCCGCGACCGCGAGGCGGUGCAUAAGCGGGUCGUAGACGCAUUUCAUGCCCGGCAUGCGGAGGAGUUGUCCAGGCUGAGGGCUGCGGCUGCGCAGUUCAAGCCUGUAGGCGACUUGGGAGGCCCGUACGCGGCGGAGCAGACGACCAAUUUGGAUGGGAGAAAUGACGGGACGGAAAAGACGGCCGAAGCGGGAGAUAAAGAUAACGAGCUGCUCGAGCUAGAGCGAAGCCACGAGCAGGCGAUAGAAGAGUUGAAAACCCAGCACCAACACUCGAUAACCCAACUGAACGCCUCCCACGCAGAGACGGUAUCGCAACUUCAAGCCCAGCACCAACACGCCCUAUCCGCGGUAGAAAAGCAGUCCCAAAACCACCUCACCACCACACACGACAUCUACACGCAAUCGAUCUGGGACCAGAAGCUCCAGAGCGAGGAAGACAUCGCCAAUCUGCACACGCACUACGCAAAGGAAAUCGAGCAGCUCAAAGCUCAACACGACGAAGAAAUCUCCCACCUCAACGCCCGCAUCGCUGACCUGACAGAGAGCCUCGCAGCCGCUAAACCCGCCAAACCAGGUAAAUCCGCCAAAGACAUCCAACUCGACGAGCUGCGCGAGAAAGUAGCCCAGACGCGCCAAGCCACGGCGAAGGAGGCGGCGGAGCUGCAAAAGGAGCGCGAGGAUUUGAGCAAGCUGAAAGCCGCUAUAACGGCUGCGAGCCCGCCGCCCGCGUUCAAGGUGACUGUAAAGCCGGACAAGAAGGGCAAGGACAAGAGGAGGCAGAAUGAAGGAGCUGGGAAAGAACCAGCCUAGGAG